AUGAAAAAAUUUCACUGCCUUGGUUGUGGAUUUCCUACCAAUUCUCCUACGGGAUAUUGUUCCAAAUAUUGUUCCAAGUAUUCUGCAAAGUUUCAUUCGCACAAUUACCGGAUGAGGCAGAAAUGUAAAGCCAAGACCGAGGCUCUUCAACCCGCAAAGACCUUUGAAUUAUCGGAUGAGACCCUUCAACCCAGAAUCCCUGAAGCUCUAAUUUCUGAGUCAGAUGAUAGUAGUGCUUCGAUCCAUGAACACUUGUUUCCCGCUUCUUCACAAUUAUUUGCAGAUUCGUUAGAAAGAGAUUUAACGGAUUUGAUCCAGGUCAAAAUACUAGGUGAUAGGGUUGUAAUUAAAGGCUCAGCUACAAAGUCACCCAGAGUCUAUGAAGAUUCAGUUUCUGAGUCGGAUGAUGAAGAUACGGGUCUCAACCUCUUUGGAGAUAUGUGGUUAGCUCGAAAAUUGGAGCACUAG